UAAACCAGAUAAGAUUGUUGACAUUGGAAAACUCGGAGGCUUCCUUGGAUUGUUUAAUUAAAAUAAUAAUUUUACUAAGGCAAUAUUCUAUUAUUUAUAUCAUUAAAAAAUAAGUUAUUAUGUCUAGAGAAUAUCGAAGAUCAUCAUCAUUACGAAUGAGUGGUAUUAUUUUAGGUCGACAAGCAAGUGCAAAACAAAAACUGGUGCGAAUAUAUCAACCGACUUAUCAACUAAAUCCAAGAAAGAGAUUUAAUUCAGAAAACGUCGAAAAAAUACUGCGACGCAUCGUUAACUCGGAAUUGGAAGAGGUUGAAUAUAGUGAAAAAAUUAUACCAGACUUGUGUAUCACUUUGGCUGACAACAUUAAAGCAGCGAUUAAAGAAGAUAAUUAUGACAGAUACAGAAUCAUAGUGGCGGUGUCAAUAGGCCAGCGUCGUCAGCAGAGUGUGAACGUGUUUCAUUCGUUCCUUUGGGACCACGAGCGUGACGCCUUCGCCGCUCACAACUUUGAAAAUUGUCACAUAUUCGCCAAUGUCGUUGUCUAUGGUGUUUAUUUUGAUUAAAGUUUAAAUUAUGAA